CAGCAUACCGUGCGCAGAUGUUUCCAUCAUGGCGGACUUCGAUGCGAUUUACGAGGAAGAUGACGAAGAUGAGCGGCUUAUGGAGGAACAUCUACUCAGUACCGUGCCUGACCCAGUCAUCGUUAGAGGAUCAGGACAUGUCACUGUGUUUGGUCUAAGCAAUAAGUUCAACACAGAGUUUCCACAAGGCUUGGCAGCAAAGGUUGCACCCGAGGAGUACAAGGCGACGAUGAGCCGUCUGAACGGAGUCCUGAGGAAGACGUUACCUGUGAACGUGAAGUGGCUGCUGUGCGGCUGUCUGUGUUGCUGCUGUACCCUGGGCUGUUCCCUCUGGCCUGUCAUCUGUCUCAGCAAAAGGACACGACAUUCUAUAGAGAAAGUACUGGACUGGGAAAACAGUCAUUUGUAUCACAAGCUGGGCUUGCAUUGGAGAUUAGCGAAAAGGAAGUGUGAAUCUAGUAACAUGAUGGAAUAUGUAAUCUUAAUAGAGUUCAUUCCGAAGGUCCCCAUCCACAGACCAGACUGACCCUGAUUGACCUUGCCGUAUCUGUAGCACCAUGGACUCCCCCCUCCACACCGGUCACCUGGGGCACACUUCUGAACAGUCUCAAUACUCAUUAAGUUAUUAUAAUCCCUGUUACAGACUCAUAAAAUCAUACAGAUUGGGCAUACAGGUAUAUGUGUGAUGCUUCCUUACAGAAUUGAUACAACUGCACAAACAACAAAUGCUCGGACAGACUUUUCCAGCAGUGUUUCAAAGGAAAAGGGUAAGACGCUUUUCCAAAUGUCUCACUGUUUGUCAAUCUUUUGUUCAGUUGUGUUGGUAGGUAGGAACAUCUAUAAUGUACCUGAAUACCUAAUCUUUAUCAAUGGGAAUGUAGUAAGAUUCUUUUUCUCAUGAUUCAGUCAGUGUGGAAAACUCUGAAUUUUCCUGAAUGUAUGGCUCUGAGACUGAAGCCACUUUGAGUCACCAUAUCCUUAUUUUACGAUUAAGGAAUGACUGUUCAAAAGGACACAUGAUAAACUCUAUUAUAUUUGUAGUACUAAAGGAGCUAGUCUAAGAGAAUAAUAACAUAUAACCUUUUUCAUUUGAAAUGACAAAGUCAUAUCAGGAAACGUAUUUGCACUGUUUUGAUAAACCAGCAAUCCUUUGAUGAGAUUUAAGACUCUCCUGUCAUGUUCAGAGACAUUUGGACAUGAUUCCGGUGGCAAUGUUUUGAGUAUUUGUUUUGUACCUUUUUGUUAUGUCUUUGACCAGCUCUGCACAUAGAAAAACACUUGUUAAAAGAGAAAUACAUUGUAUUAAAAACAUCAGGUAUAAUGAGAAGGUUAGCUGAAAGAGCUUCCUUAUUGUUAGAGAUGUCAACAUGAUUAUGUUUAGUUAGUCUUGUCUGCACAUGUACAGUCAAAACUGCCUAAGAAGACCACUGAUGGGACUGACCAAAUCUGGACUAUGUACUAGUAGACAGGUGGUAACUAUAGACAUGAUUCUCAAUGCUUGUGUCAAUGGGAAAAUUAUCUAUUGGGACCAUCAAAAAGUGGUCACAUUGUCCAGGGGGUCCUUAUGUAAAGGUGGUUACUUGAACAGCUGUGACUGGUGAACUUCUUCAGAUCAGACUUUAGUACCAGCCGUGUAAACGUGUACACGUAGAGUACACUCGCUCGGUGCUACCACGCAGACGUGAAUCCUUCGUGCAUCCUACUCCAAUGUGUGCAUGUUUGUAUGUAUGUAUCUCAGGAUUGGCGGAAUGUCGAAAACUAAGCGGGAGACGAACUUUGUAGAGAAAACUUGAGACCAACCGAUUUGGUGAGUGGACCUAACGUGCAUUAAUGACUAUAGUUAAUAUAAUGACCAUGGUUGUGCCCAUACAAGUAUGUGAUUCUUCAACCUGUGUCUUUCAGUACCAGCCAGCGAGAAUGGUGGAAAGUACUUCCAUGCAGUAUAUAUAUAUAUACACCACCUUUGUGAACGCUCUGAUUAAGAUCAUAAUGCAAGUAGGGGUAGACUUAUAAUGCUAUAAUGUAUUAUUAUUUUCUACGAAACUUGUUGCUGUUUUACACAUCGUUUUUUGAUAUAUCAUUGUAUUAUGUUGUUAUGACUCAUGCAGGUAGUUGAAAUUGUUUUAUUAUUUGAUACAUAAUUAUUUGAAUGCAGUGAAGAUGUUGAUGCCUUCCCUAUGGAUGAAUACAAAUUAUUAGAUGAUACAAAUGUAUAGAGUCAGAGAUAUGUUUAUAAGAUGUAGUAUCAGAAGUUGCCUCGGCUGUAGUGAGAUGGCGGGUCACUUGUCAGAAGACUUCGUUCUUGUUUGUAGUUAAACACCUGAUUUAGACACAUUGGCACCAAGUAUGUCACCAAUGUACCAAUGUUGCAUUGUUCCUUUCCCCAACACAAGUUUUUUGGCCAUGCCUCAAGGGUGGAGCAUUAUAUUUUGAUUACUAUUUGGUUCAUGAAGAUAGGAAAAGUCUCAUCUUCUCUGUCUCAUCAACUGCUUUGGGGCUGAAGAAAUAGUGGAAAUUGGUGAAUAAUCUGCCAGAGAAGGAAAACUAACUUCAAAACUACCUAGCUUUAGUUAGCGUCCAACUGCUGCUACCAAGCUUUUCUCCACUCCCAACAUUUGCUAGCCAGCAUGUAAUGGUUGCUACUCAGCUAAAGGCUGCCUUUUACAGCCAGUACCCAGCUUAAGUUUGCUUCCAACAGUCUUAACGGAAUCUUCAGUUAGCGUUCAAUGGUCGCUACCCAGCUUUAUUCCACUUCCAACAGUCGCUACCAAAUUUUUUUCCAUUUCCAAUGGUUUAGAAAGCGUUGGAAUCUGACUAAAGCUAACAAGACUAGAUUCCAUGCAAUUCAUCGUAUUUGACAAAUUUCUACUAUUUCUUCAGGACUGAGUGGGAUAGAGACUCAUGAAAGUCCCCAAAAUGCUGUCAGUUCAACACAGAGCUGCACUGGUGUUUUUGACUAACCGUUUCUCCCAGUUAGGCACUUCUAAAUUAUUUCAGGGGAUGUGGUAUAUAUCUAGAAAUCUUCCUGUGAAGAGCAUGCCUUAUUUCCAGCUCUGUCCUCGGGAUGAAGGGAAGGACUGUAAGUAGAGGAGAUGUGGUAUGCCGAUAGGUUGUUAAUAAAGACUAUUGUUCGAUCAAA